AUGCUGAGCUCUUCCUCGCGCAAAGUCGCCGCGGCCGCGAUCGCCAUGGGCGCCAUGUCGAGCUUCGCCUCGGCCGCAUCCGCCAACUGGACCCAGACCGCCACCGUGCGCGGCACCGACUUCUUCAACGACUUUGAGUGGUUUACCGACAAGGACCCCACCAACGGGCUCGUCAACUUUCAGUCGCAGUCGAAUGCCAAGGCACAGAACCUCUCGUUUGUCGAUGGCGACGGCCACUUUGUCAUGGCUGUCUCCACUGUGCCCGUGGCGCUAGAGGGCAGGAACAGCGUGCGCAUCACCUCCAAGGACAGCUACUCGGACGGCGUCUAUGUGCUCAACGUCACCCACGUCCCCACCGGCUGUGCAACCUGGCCUGCCUUCUGGACGGUCACGGAGAACAUCAAGUCCUGGCCCGUGGGUGGUGAAAUCGAUAUCUUAGAGAACGCCAACGAUGAGUAUCCCGACAAUCUCGCCUCCAUCCACACCCAGUCGUCUUGCACCAUCCCCAGCACCAUCUCCGACGAGACCGGCAGCGUCAAGUACACCAACUGCUCCGCCUACGUGCCCUCGAAUCCAGGCUGCCGUGUCCAAAUGGACGGCACAUCCACCCCGACCUGGGGCAAGGCGCUCAACCGUGCCGGCGGUGGCGUGAUUGCAAUGGAGCGCUCCUUUGGCACCACGGGCAACGGCAUCCGCAUGUGGUUCUUCCCCAACAACGCCCCCAACUCGCUUCCCGCCGACCUCAAAACCGGCAGUCUCGCAGUCAACCCAGACGCGUGGCCCAAGCCCAACGCCCACUUCCCCAUCGCUUCUUGCUACAACGACUUUGGCCCGCACAAGAUCAUCUUUGACAUCACCCUGUGCGGCGACUGGGCGGGCAACACGUACACCGAGAGCGGAUGCAACAAGCAGUACCCCGCCUGCAGCUACCAGGUCGGAUACAACGGCUCCAGCUUCAACCAGUCGUACUGGGAGGUCGAGUCGCUCCGCCUCUUUACCCAGGGCGGCGACUCUGCCAAUGCGGCCAACUCGCCCCAGUCGUCGGCGAGCCACCAGAGCGCCACCUCAUCCGCCUCGCUCGGCGUACGUGCCUCCCUCGCCGCUUCCGCUGCUGCUGUCCUCGCAUCGCUCGCCUUCGCUGCAGCUCUGUAA